UGGUGGGCCGGCUCACCCUAAGAUCUCACCUCCGCCAUGAGCAGUAACGAAUGUUUCAAGUGUGGACGGUCUGGCCACUGGGCCCGGGGAUGCCCUAGAGCAGGAGGGAGUCGAGGGCGCGGAGCCAGAGGCCGUGGUAGAGGUUCUCCGUGCAGUUCCACCAACCUACCUGACAUCUGUUACCGCUGUGGUGAGUCUGGCCAUCAUGCUAAGAAUUGUGACCUUCUCCAGGACAUCUGCUACAACUGUGGGAGAAGUGGCCACAUCGCUAAAGACUGUAUUAAGCCGAAGAGAGAGAGAGAGCAGUGCUGUUACACUUGUGGCAAACCAGGCCACCUGGCUCGUGAUUGUGACCGUCAGGAAGAGCCCAAGUGUUACUCUUGCGGUGAAUAUGGCCACAUUCAGAAAGACUGCACCCAAGUCAGGUGUUACCGGUGUGGCGAGACCGGCCACAUGGCCAUCAACUGCAGCAAAACGAGUGAAGUCAACUGCUACCGCUGUGGCGAGUCGGGACAUCUGGCCCGGGAUUGCCCCAUUGAGGCUACCACUUAG